CACAUGCACCCCCCACAAGCCAAAUCGAACUAAAUUUUCACAAGAUAUUCAAAGGUCAAAAUCUACAUCCAUCAACUUCUUCAUAAUCUUUCAAAGUUGAAAUCAUGCAAAACCAACAACAAGGUAUCAUCAACCCUAAGUAUUGUUCUCCACAUAAUGUUGACCUAGCAAUUGUCAGAAAGGUAUUAACGUUAACUGAUACUUUUUCCGUCACCGACGUUAAUAGCAAAAUGAUCUUCAACCUUAGUUCCUCUCUCAUGACCCUCCACAACCACCGUGUCUUGGUUGACGCCGCCGGCCAACCCGUCGUCACACUGCGUCGGAAGAUGACGACAACUCAUGAUCGGUGGCAAGUUUUUCGAGGUGAAAGCAUGGAGAUGAAAGAUUUGAUCUUUAGUGUGAAGAGAUCGUCGUUUUUUCAGUUAAAGACAAAAUUGGAUGUUUUCUUAGCAAACAAUACUAGAGAAGAAGUUUGUGACUUUAAGGUAAAAGGAAGUUGGUUCGAGCGAUCUUGUGUUGUGUAUGCUGGUGAAUCUCUCACCAUUGUUGCCCAGAUGAAUAAAAAGCACACUGCUCAAAGCAUUGCGUUUGGGAAAGAUAAUUUCAUGGUUACAGUGUAUCCAAACAUUGACCAUGCAUUCAUAGUGGCACUGAUUCUGAUUCUGGACGAAAUUAACCAAGACAAGAGACAAUCUCAGAAUUGAUUAUUAAUAUUCAGCAUUUUGGGUUCCCUAGUUCUCAUCAAAAUGUUCAUUCGAGACAAAAAUUGUGACAUAAGAAGAGUAGUCUCAA